AUGGUGGUCGACACUCUCAAGACCAGCAUUACAGACUAUUUCCAUAUUAAUACUCUGCCAGACAUCUCCAUAGAUGUGGUGUGGGAUGUCCACUAAACAAUAAUGAGAGGACAACUCAUAUCCCUAGCCUCAAAAAACUCAGAGAGCAAAGGCUCACAGACGCCAUGACCGAAUUAAAAUAUCUAGAAGAACACCACAAACGACAACCGACAGACACACUAAUGGCUCAGCUAACUGCUGUCUGAGACUGAAUGAAAUCCCUAACCAUGGCCGACACUUCUAAAGCGCUAAAGUGGACAAAACAAAAAUUCUACGAAAAAAGCAACAAGGCCGACUCAAUGCUAGCAAACUGCCUUAAAUACAAACUCAAGAUCAGGCAGAUAUCUCAAAUCCGUGCGUCCUCAGACACAGUGACAGAAGACCCAGGUGCCGUGGCCCAAGCAUUUGUACACUACUAUUUCAAUCUCUACAACCACUUCCCCAACCAAGCAGCAACCAUACCGGACAGGGAGACUCGUACUCAUGACUUCUUGGCACCCCUCAACUUAGCCAAACUAACGGACAGUGCAAAAGAGGCCCUAUCGGCAGAAAUAGAGGUGGAGGAACUUAAAAUAGCCCUUCAGUCUUGCAAACCGGGCAAAAGCCCAGGGCUUGCUGGCUUCACAGCCCUAUAUUAUAAAACCUUUAGCAAACAACUACUCCCACACCUCUGCAAAGUGUUCAAUGCAAUGUUGAGAGGCGAACCCCUCCCCUCGGGAGAUGGUGGCUGUGAAUGUGUACCUUAUUCCCAAACCUGGCAAAGACCAUCUUGACCAAGAACAUUACCACCCGAUUUCCCUACUAAACUCAGAUAUCAAGCUCAUCACAAAAGCCUUGGCCAGUAGACCAAAUCCAUACAUCGAACGACUGGUCCACCCGGACCAAGUAGGCUUUAUUCCAAACAGGCAAGCUGCAGACAAUACCAGAAGGACCAUAGACUCGAUCUGGUACGUUCAGCAUCACCAACUACCAACAGUCCUAAUCUCCUUAAAAUGCAAAAAAGGCAUUUGACCGCUGCUUUCUAUUCCAGGUGCUCAAGCACCAGGAGUUCCUAACUGACUUCACAAACAUCUUGACAGAAUUAUAUGCAAUACCAACCGGAUGGCUCUUACUACCGAAUGUCGAUGCACCAACAUUCCACAUAGCCAACGGCACGCGCCAAGACUGA